ACUUGCUCAAAGGCGUACUUGCAGAAGUUCAUUUUGCGAAUCUCUCUCGGUUGAAUACCUUAUUGAUUGGUGACAAUGAGCAUCUUUCAUUAGACAUGAAAUCUAACUGGAUUCCUACCUUUCAGUUAAAGUAUUUUUAUGCAAGUUCAUGUACGGAUUGUUUUGGAAGUGAGUUCCCUCAAUGGCUUCGAACACAAAAGGCAUUGGUUACUUUGGGGUUGUCCAAGACAAGUAUCUCAAGCGAUUUUCCUAUAUGGUUGAGAGCCCGAAGUCUCACCGCUUUGGAUCUUUCCCACAACCAAAUUGUGGGGCCAAUUCCCACAAGCAUUGGAGAUCAAAUGCCGAAUUUGAAAUACUUGUAUCUCAAUGGUAAUCUUAUCAAUCAUUCUUUACCAUUUUCACUUUGCAAGUUGAAGAAUUUGACUGGAGUGGAUCUUUCAAGUAAUGAGUUUUCAGGAAUGGUUCAAGGUUGUUUGCUGACUUCAAACUUGAUGCUUUUGGAUUUGUCUUCAAACAAUUUUUCCGGGACAUUUCCAUAUUCACAUGGAAAUCUUUCUGGUAUUCAAAUGUUGUUCUUGGGAGACAAUAGUUUUGAGGGAUCCAUGCCAAGAAUCUUAAAGAAUUCCAAAGAUAUGGAAAUUUUAGAUCUCGAAGGAAACAAAUUCUCUGGAAACAUCCCCACAUGGGUGGGUAAUAAUCUUGAAUAUUUGAGAUGUCUGAUGCUAAGUGGUAAUUUGUUCAAUGGUACCAUUCCUUCAAGUCUCUCCAAUCUCACAUACUUAUUCAAUUUGGAUCUUGCACAUAACCAAUUAGAAGGACCUAUCCCACAAAAUCUCCGCAAUUUUAAUGCAAUGACAGGGCAAGCAUAUGCUGCCUUUUCCAGUUAUAGAGAGAAAAGUAUAAGUCAGUCAAUCAAAUCAAAUGACUUAUAUUACUCCAUGAAGCAACUAGAAGUCAUGGUGAAAAUAGAUCUCUCUCAAAAUUACUUGAUCGGUUCUAUUCCAAGUGAGAUAACAAAGCUUAAAGAGUUGAUUGGAUUGAAUUUGUCCCACAACAAUCUCACAGGGACAAUUCCUGCUGAAAUAGGAGAAAUCGAAUCGUUGGAAUCACUUGAUUUAUCUUUCAAUCAACUUUCCGGGCCAAUUCCCAGGAGCAUAUCAAGAUUAAAUUCAUUAGGCGAUUUGAAACUAUCUCACAACAAUCUCUCUGGAGAGAUUCCUCGAGAGGGUCAUCUUUCCACAUUCAAUGAGGCUUCAAGUUUUGAUGACAAUCCUUAUCUUUGUGGCGAUCCGCUUCCAAAGAAGUGUAGAACUGAGAAUUCUUUUGAGCCGCCGUUCAGAAAUAUCGAGAAUCAAGAUGAAGAGGAGAAUAAAUGGGAGAAGUGGUUGCUUUACCUAAUGAUAAUACUUGGCUAUGCGGUCGGAUUUUGGGGAGUUGUUGGAGCUUUGAUAUUGAAGAGGAAUUGGAGAUACGCUUAUUUCAACUUUGUGGAUGAGAGUAAAGACAAGAUUCAUGCAACAAUGCAGCGGAGCAUCGAGACGUUGAAAGGAAUGUGCAUUCACAAGUGAUUUGAUUCGUUGGUUGAUGUUUUCCAAUGGAUCGGCCGAGUAGGGUUCAACGCUUUCCUCCCGUUGAAGAUAACUACGCUCUACAUCUUUAUAGCCGAUUGGGUCAAUCCCAUAUAUUCUUCUUCAAUUGUGUUCUUGAUUUUUGUUUUGUUGUAUGUUUAGAAAUCCUUGUUCCUUCCGACAGUUUUCUUGUUGGUCGUGUUUUUUCUUUGAACGUGUCACUUUUCUACAUUAUUAUGGUGUUGUUUCUUCUGUGUAUGCUAUGAGUCUUGCCCGAUCAAGGAAUCUCAGCUUGUGUUUGCUUGUUCUUAUGCUAUUAUGUGAGUUCUUUGGAGGGAAAGGUUUAAUUUUUAUGGGAGUUUAUACAAUGUAUAAAGUU